CUGUUUCAAAAUUGGCCAAGCCCGUAUUGCAAAGCUCUGCAUUCCUCUUUUCUGUUAUCCACAUUCCACACACGCUCUCUCUGUCUGUCUCUCUCAGUGACAGUGUGUAGUAGAGGAUGGCAUCUCUGCAACUGCCAUCAUCCUUGCAUGGUGAACCUUUAUCAAACUCAACUAUGUUCAUGGGGAUGAGGGCCCCACUCACCUUCUCACCCUAUACUCUCUCUGGAAAACAUUUGCAUUCUCGAAACCAAUUUAUUGUAUUUUCCAAGAAGCUAUGGGGUUUGGAGGAGGCAAUGAGAAUCAGAAGAGAACGUGAGCUUACAAGUGUGACAAAGGUCAAAAGAAGGCCACCAUUGAGGCGGGGAAAGGUAUCACCACGUCUUCCCAUGCCUGAUCACAUACCAAAGCCUCCUUAUGUAGGUUCAAAUUUGUUGCCGGAAAUUUCAAGUGAAUACCAAAUUCAUGAUUCUGAAGGCAUUGCUCGCAUGAGGGCUGCAUGUGAGCUUGCUGCUCGUGUCUUAGACAAUGCAGGAAAAUUGGUUAGGCCGUCUGUUACAACAGAUGAAAUUGACAAAGCAGUGCACCAAAUGAUUAUUGAUGCUGGUGCUUAUCCCUCACCUCUUGGCUAUGGGAGAUUUCCAAAGAGUGUAUGUACAUCGGUUAAUGAGUGCAUGUGCCACGGAAUACCUGAUUCUCGCCAGUUACAGGAUGGUGACAUAAUAAAUAUUGAUGUAACGGUCUACCUAAAUGGAUAUCAUGGAGACACAUCAAAAACAUUUUUUUGUGGAGAUGUUAGUGAUGAGAUGAAACGCCUCGUGAAGGUUACUGAAGAGUGCUUGGAGAGAGGCAUAGCUAUUUGCAAAGAUGGUGCUCAAUUUAAGAAAAUUGGAAAGAGAAUUAGUGAGCAUGCUGAAAAAUAUGGAUAUGGUGUGGUGGAGCGUUUUGUUGGCCAUGGUGUGGGAACUGUAUUUCACUCUGAACCAAUUAUAUAUCAUCACCGCAAUGACGAGGCUGGUUUCAUGGUAGAAGGUCAGACAUUUACUAUUGAACCAAUUCUUACACUUGGAAGUAUUGAUUGUAUAACAUGGCCAGACAACUGGACAACUGUAACCGCUGAUGGUAGCGCUGCUGCACAGUUUGAGCAUUCCAUUUUGAUUACUAGAACUGGCGCAGAAAUUUUGACAACAUACUGAAACUCUAUUUUAAUAAGUAUGGUUGAUUCUACAUUACUGUUCUGUGCCCAUGUGUAUAGGAAGUAAAUUACAUAUAUAAAGGAGGAUGAAUCAGCAUUUUCGUUCAUUUUGCUUCUAGACUUCUAUGCUAAAAUUGAUGGAUGCCAAAGUGUGCAUAUGCAAUAAGAAUAGGGGAAUUUUAAUA